CUCCCUUCACCUUUUUCCAGCACCCGGGCUUCUUCCUGGUUGUCGUGAGAGGUGGAUGUCUGGCCUCUCCCACUUCCGGUUCAUCGGUCCGCUGCGGCGGCCGCGGCGGCUCCCAGACCAGAUGGUGCCGACGCGGUAUGCCGAGCUCCGGGGAGCGGCGGUAAGACCCAGGCCGCGGAGAACUUGGCAUUUGGGGGUCGCUGUUUGGAAGAGUCCUCUCCCUUUCCCUGUUACCCGAGGUCUUGGCACCGACAGCACUGCAACCCGCUGCUUUCCAGCAUAAACACCCGGUCGAGCCGCGCCCACUGCCGGUCUGGCCUGAGCGGCCGCCGCCGACGCUUCCUUCUUCUAGGCCCGGGUCCGGGCUAGGCCUGCAGGCGAGGGGUACCUAAGAACCCACUCUGUGUGGCCUACGUGGAAGGGGAGCCGCGAGCACCCGCGACAGCUUGUGUUCCUGCUGGGCCUGAGCCUCGCUACGAAGUUCCUGCAAACCAGGACGUGUUACAGAUGACAGAUUAAGUUCUUUUGCUGCUAAGCCUUCAGAUAAUUAUGGCAAUACCCUGGAAGAAAGCCCUUCUGAUACUUCUAACAUCCCAAGCAUUGUCCUUAGUGAAUAGCAUUGAGGAAGAAGAAGUACCUGAAGAAUGGAUUCUCCUGCAUGUGGUUCAGGGGCAGAUUGGAGCUGGAAAUUAUAGUUAUUUGAGACUAAAUCAUGAAGGGGAAAUAGUUCUUCAGAUGAAAAGCUUAAAAGGUGAUGCAGAUUUGUAUGUAUCUGAUACCACACUUCACCCAAGUUUUGAUGAGUAUGAAUUACAGUCUGUAACUUGUGGCCAGGAUGUUGUUUUUGUGCCGGGACACUUCCAGCGCCCUGUGGGAAUAGGUAUCUAUGGACAUCCAUCUCACCUUGAGAGUGAAUUUGAAAUGAAAGUGUAUUAUGAUAGAACGGUUGUAGAAUAUCCGUUUGGUGAAGCAACUUAUGCCACAGAUGGUAAAGCUACAAGCCAAAAGCAGCCUUAUACACCAGAAGAUACAUCUCAAGAUGAAGAAUCUAUUGUUUGGACAAUAAUAAUUGGCAUUUUGAAACUAAUACUUGAGAUUCUUUUUUAAUAUCAUUGGACAGACAUGCACUGGAAUUCAGUACCUGUAACCUGUGAAGUAGAUUGUGGUUUGCUGUGAACACUGCUACUUUUUAAUAAGUUUCAGGAAACCUUUUCUAUGGUGGGUGGUUGGGUGGUGGAAAAAAAGCCAUAUUUAGUUUUUUAAUCAUAAUUCCCCCCAAAAUAAGAGCAGCAAGCACAAGAUUUGUAAUUUUCUUUAAAGAAAGAAGAGUUCAUAUAAGUGGAGAAUGUACAAUUAAAAAAAUGCUUAAACUUCAUUUAAGUUUGUCAGGUGACUUAUUAAGUAGUCUUAUGUAAAAGUAGUCAUAAGUAGUCUUAUGUAAAACUUAAUUUGAUUGGGAGUAUAGAUUUCAUAUAAAACUUGCAUAAAUUUUGUUAAAAUUUAACUUUCUAAAAUUUUUACACUACUUAAAACUACAGGCUAUUAUAAUGUGUGAACUGAGAUGAUCAGUUUUUAAAUGGAGAAAUCAUGUAUGCCUGUGAAAUAAAUCUCAUUUUACUGCCACAUUGGCUAAGAAAUAAUGGUACAUAUUUUGCUGCAGUUUUCCAGGCAAUUUACAAAAAGAAGCAGUAGCAACAUUAAGUUGGUGGAAUCUAGAAAUACCUCUGACCCUAGCAUACUAUUCCAGACUCUCAGGAACCAUAAAAUUAAGUAUUAGUUCAACUGUAGUCAGAGUUGUCACCUAGAAUUACUAUACGGUAACUAAAACAGUGCCGAGACUUCAUGAAACAAUUUUAAAACUGGAAGAGGUCUGAGAAAGUUUCCUAGCUUAGUUUCCUAAAGGAUUUCUAGUUAUCAAGGCCAAUAUAUACCCCUUAUACCAACUGUGUUAAUUAAAAAUAAUUUCAUUUUCUAUAUCCUUUAAAAAUUGAUCAGAGAUUUAUCAAUUUAUUCUAAAACUUGUAAUUUCUCUAAAUUUAGCCUAUUUUAGAGAUAUUUGCCUGUGGUACAGGACUACUGUUUGAAUUUAGUUAUAAUGGUAAGCUACCUUAAAAAAACAAUUUCUGACAUAAAAGUUUCUAUGUAACAGAAUUCAGUACAACAAAUUAUGUAAACAGAUUGAAUUACUUAUGCCAACUUUAGUGCUAUAUUGUUGCAUGGAUCCAAAGGAAGUUUUAAACAUUUUCAAAAUUUUCUUAUAAAGUUCAGUAAAUAAAAAUCAUGGAAUAAGGCUUUUGAUUGAAUUUACUUCAAUUGUCCCCGUUCAAUGUUCUUGUGGAUUUAGUUAAGAAUCAUUAAUUGUUAAACUAUUAAGUUGUACAUUUAUAGCUAAAUUCAGGUCAUAGGCCAUAGCUGAAUAUCUAAAAUAGCUGAGAGAAAAUGAGAGAUACUGUUUAAGUUUUAAGCUUCUGAAUAAAAUGUGAUCAAUUUCUAAAAUAAUUUUGUAAACAUUCAUUGAAUUUUCAGAAAGGUGGUUUUAUAUAUUAUAAAGAAUAAUUUGUAGCUUAAGUUAAAAUUAACCUUACAGGAGUUAUAACUUUCUAGAAAUAAGUCAACUUGUAGAACUUAAGUCCAUAGGUAGAAAUUGAAAAAUGUUUUAUUGACAACAGUAUUAGGAAGGGUGUUUCACAAAGUGGUAAAUUAAUUGGCACCAAAAUUUUCACAAUGCAAAUAACAGUAUCAGGGUAAAAAUGGUAAUUUUAUCCCUCCUUGCUGGUUUUUCCCCUUCUGCCCCCUCUCCUGGGUGUUGGGGGAGCUCUUUGACAACAAUCACAAAUCCAUCGACCUAGGAGAAAAAAUGUUGUUUAAUUUACAAAGAAUUUUAUUUGCAACAACAUCUAAUUAAACUCUUUAAAAUCCUCUCAUAUCAAGUCAUUAAAGAUAGUCCUUGACACAAGGGAGAGAAUGUCAUUAAGCAGAAAAAUGUGAAGCUGCUUUAAAAAAACAAUUUCCAAUAUAAAAUUUUCUAUAUAACAGAAUUCAAUACAACAAAUUAUGUAAAUGGACUGAAUUACUUAUGCCAACUUUAGUGCUACAUUGUUGCAUGGACCCAAAGGAAUGUUUUAAACACUUUCAGAAGUUUCUUAUAAAGCUUAGUAAAUAAAAAUCCUGGAAUAAGGCUUUUGAUCGAAUUUACUUCAGUUGUCCUUGUUCAACGUUCUUGUGGAUUACUGAUAUCCUUGUCGCCAUAGUAUUUUCAGUGCAUGGCUAUUCUAUUUUUAUAACACUUUUAUAACACAUCAAAUACGUAACUGCACCCUAACAGGACCAUGCAUGAAUGUGAUGCAUUCUAUACUUGAUAUAAUUACUUAUUACAGUACCUGAAAUACAAGUUGCUUAGAUCUUUAAUGUAAUUGCUGGACAUCUUUACUCUCAGGCAUAUUUUACACUGAAAUUUUUUGGAAAAUUUUGCAAAGAAGCUUUAAAAAUUACAUGAAUCUAAAACAAAAUUACACAUGAAUUUGUUUUGAUUUACAUCAACUUAUGGCAAAAGAUGUAUUGUCUAUCUUAACAUUACUAUUUGAAGUUACUGUGCUGCUUCAAUAAGGUAUUCAAAUUAUUUAAAUAUGUAUAAACUUAACAGUAUUGUUUUAUUACAUUACUAUAAAGUAAAGUACUAUGCAAGUGAAGGUAAUCAAAAAUAAAAUUCACAAGCUCUUGAACAUACUCUUACUUUGGCCAUUUAGAAUCGCCAGUUUCAAAUAACAUUUUAGUGCUUAAACUCUAUGUUUCAGAAUAGAUUUCCAAAAUGGUAGUAUAGUAUUAUUUUGCUAGGUAAAUUUUUAGCAAUCCUUUAAUGGAAAUCUUAGCAAAUACAGUUUAAAUAAAAUUGCCUAAAAUACUACUUGAUAAAUAUGAUUUGCAUAAUAAGCUGUCUGGAUUCUUUCACUUAAUAUUUUAUAAAUUUUAUUGCAGAAGGGUCCCUUGGUCAGUAGUUCACUAAAGUGGUCAUUUCAGUAUCUACUGAAUAAAAAACACUAGACUUAGCACUGGUGGAAUUAUAAAGACAUGGCCUCCACUUUCAUAAGAAUUUACUGACAAUCUAUAUGUUAAUAAUAUUUAAGUCUUGGGCAAUAUUAGAAAA